AUGGUUAUCGAGACACUUAGUGAUGAUGAUUCUAUUAUUGGUGGUAAUGGAAUUGUUGUAGAGAUUGAUGAGUCGAAAUUCAGUAGGGGAAAGGAAACUGAAGGUAUUUGGGUCGUUGGUGGGGUUGAAAGAACUGAUGAGAGAAAAUGUUUCUUUAAGGUAGUUAAUCAAAGAAAUGCGGAAACGAUUAGAGAUAUCGUUUCAAAACAUAUUAAACCUGGAUCUAUAGUAGUAACAGAUUAUUGGAGAG